AAGAUGAGCAAGCAGUACCUUGCAAAAGUUUCUUUGAAAAUAAAUGUUAAGGUUGGGGGUAGGAAUACUGUUCUUGUUGAUGCACUUUCACGCCACAUUCUCCUAGUCAGCAACAGACCUACUAUUAUAUUUGGAGCUGAUGUGACUCAUCCACACCCUGGUGAAGAUUCAAGUCCAUCAAUAGCAGCUGUUGUUGUUUCUCAAGAUUGGCCAGAAUUCACCAAGUAUGCUGGUUUGGUUUGUGCCCAAGCGCAUCGACGGGAAUUGAUUCAAGACCUUUUAAAACAAUGGCAAGAUCCAGUCAGAGGAACAUUGACUCGUGGAAUGAUCGAGUAUUGUAUUUAACUAUGUAUCAUAUGCAGUCUUCCUAAUCUAAUGGGCAUAUGUGAAUUAAUUUCUUGGAUGUUGUCUAGAAAUUUAAUAAACUGGGUUGUGUUUUCUUUUUUAUUUUAUUUCUUUUCUAGGGAACUUCUUAUAUCAUUCCGGAGAGCAACUGGUCAAAAACCC